AGAAGGUCCUAAGGAUUAACCGUAAGCAUCAGUUCAUGCCAAGCUGUGGGGAUGACCAGGCUGGACCCUGCUCUUGCCCCAAUGACCAACGCCACCCUCAACGCCACCGCCCAGUCGGGCGCGCUGCCCCCGUUGCCCGGUGCCAAGCUGGGGCUGACCGUGCUCUCCUUGGCCUUCAUCCUGGGCUUCCCAGGCAACGUCUUCGUGGUGUGGAGCGCUCUCUGGCGUGUCCAGAAGCGCACGAUCACCUGCCUCCUCAUCCUCCACCUGGCCGUGGCCGACUGCGCCGUGCUGCUCACUUCCCCUUUCUUCCUUCGGCUCCUGAGCGCCGGGCAGUGGGAGUUCGGCUCCGUGGUCUGCCAGCUGUGCCACUACGUCUGCGGUGUCAGCAUGUACGCCAGCAUCUCCCUCAUCACCCUCAUGAGCCUGGACCGCUGCUUAGCUGUCACUAAGCCCUUCAUCUCCCAGAAGAUCCGGACUGCCAUGGUGGUCAGGUCCUUGGUCUUGGCCAUCUGGAUGGUCUCUUUCCUCCUUGCCGUGCCGGUCAUUUUCUACCGCAAGCUGGUGCUUAGGGGCAGGCACCUUCUCUGCGACCUGUCCCAUCCCACCAUUGGCCACCUUGUUUUCCACAACCUUUUUGAGACCCUGACCGGCUUUGUGCUGCCCUUUGCUGCCAUCAUUUGGAGCUACUGCGUCAUCGGGCGCAGGCUGCAGGACACCCGCUUCCGGAGGAAGCGCCGCACCAACCGGCUCAUUGUGCUGAUCGUGGCCGCCUUUGCCCUCUUCUGGCUGCCCUUCCACGUGGUGAACAUCCUAGACGUGGCUGGGGCGCUGAGCCACUCCAAGGGACUCAUCAUGGCCGGGAAGAUGGCCCGGCCCACCCUGACGGCCCUGGCUUUCUUCAGCAGCAGCGUCAACCCCAUCCUCUAUGCCUUCAGCGGUGGUGCCUUGAUCAAGUCAGCUGGCAUAGGCUUCAUGGCCAAGCUCUUUGAGGGGACGGCCUCAGAAAUGUCCAGCACGCGGCAGGGGACGGGGCGGACCACCCAGCGACGCGAGGAGGCCAAGUUGGAGAUGGUGCAGGAUGGGAACCCAGAGAGCAUCACCCUUUCCACCAACCCGCUGGAGUAGCCCUCGGCCAUGUGGGACAGGCACUCCGACAAUCCCACCGCGUCCACCAACACCCUGGACUAGCACUAGGGCACGUGGGACAGGAGCUGCAACAAUCCCACCUCAUCCACCAACACCCUGGGGCCAUGUGGGAUGGGAACUCCCAAAAAUCCCACCGCAUCCAUCAACAUCCUGGGUUUGCCCUGUGUCCGUGUGGACAAGAAUGGGAAAAAUCUUCCUGGGAGGCCCAGAAGAUGAUGGUGCAAGGCCCCAGCUGACUCCUUCAUGGAGUGAUAGUGAAACUAUCAAGAAUUGGCUGGGACAGUGCUCACGUGCUUCUUAUUUGGGGGUUGUCCUGGUCUGAACAACCUGCCCGCAACACCCAUUUUCCCUUCCUCACUGGCUGUGACUUUGUGGGGACAAACCCAGGCUCCAAUAUCUCCACCUUGACGCCACCAGGGACUGGCCCGGCUACACGAGGAGAAUAAUUAGACUUUGUGUAAAUGUGGAAAAGGGACUCAGGCCUGAAUGGGGGUAUAUGAUGUAGGGAGUGCAGGCGCUGCCAUUGGUGUGUGGAGAGGAAGUGGCCUGUGUGCUCAGGGGGUGGGAGAGUGAAAGUGGGAGGGGUAGAGAGCGGUUGAGGGACAGAGGCAGGUGGUGGGGGAAGAGACGGAGAGAAACAGGGUGAGGGAUGGUGGGAACGCUGAGAGGCUGAGGCUGGGCGAGUCCGUGUCUUCAGGAAGUGCUUGAAGCUGCACUGACCCCACCCGAGAGCAGGGCCCCCGUUGUGCCAGGCGCUGCACAAACCCACGGUGAGACAGCCCCUGCGGCUAGGCACUUGCAGUCCAAAUGGGCAAAGACAGGAUUAUUAUCCCUAGUUUGCAAACGGGGAAACUGAGGCACUGUGGGAGGUGCAGCGACUUGUCAAAGGUGAUAAUGGGAGUCUGUGGCAGAGCAAGGAACAGCAUGUGGGCGUCUAGGGACCCAGUCCACGGGCUGAACCACAGGACCAUCCUUCCCCAACUCUAUUGUCACAGCCAGAUACAAAGGGAAUCUGGGAUUUCACCAGGGAGCUUUCCUGUCUCCCAUCUGAGCUGCGGGGUUGGCUGCUCCCAGUGGCCAGCUAGGGCACUACAAGCCGUCGUUCCACAGUGAGGCGACUAGGAGCUCGGGCACCUGCUUAGAACCAGCGUAUUAAGUAUGUGAGUCAGCCCCGCUAGGGGGCGCCAGGCCGGCUCAGAGCCAGCCCCGACCGGCCGGGGGGACGACCGGCUGGCUUAGCGGGUGGGGAAUGGGACACGUGUCCUGUCCCCGCUAGGGGGCGCUGGCUCCAACCCAGCCCCUCAGCGGCCAAAUUCACCCUCUGUGUUAUUUUGCUUAAUUAAAGGAAAGUUUCUGUGUAGCCUGUUACCAGGCCUGGCCCAGGGAAGCUGUGAAUCCUUCACGCCUGCCGUAGCCGCCUCGUUGGUUCCGCCGGCCUCAGCCCCACUAGCCCCUGCUGCUGCCACCUGCUGGAGGAAAUGAGCCCUGCUGUGUGAUGUGUGUGUGUGUCCUGCUGCAGGGGAUCAGACCUGCACUGUGUAUGUGUGUCCCUGCCACCCCCUGCUUGGGGGAGUGGGGGGGAGGGGGAGAGGGACCUGCUCCGUGUGUGUGCGGCGAGUAACAAAUAGCCACAGAGACGCCGUUUACAAAUCAGUAAUGCUGCGUAUUUCUACGUGACCUUAAAUAGAAUAAUUACAGCCACAAACAACGACGUGAAA